CACUGUCCCAAAUAAAUAAAUACAAUUAAAGUUAAGUUACAUUUUAUAGACAACAACAAAUAUGAUCACAGAUUAUUUGAAAUCUUGUUUAUUUUUUCAUCAGUGAUUCACUACCAUCCAGAAAAAGUAAAAAAAUACACAGAAUACAUAUUUAGCGCCAGUUAUUUCACACCGAACUACAAGAAAUGUGUGGACACCGUUUCCCACAAUGCAUUGUUUUGUAGUCCUCAAGGCGGCCUGCAGCCAGUCCAGUACCUAUUUUCUGGCUGCGCUGGCUUAGGAAGGCGCCUUGAACCCGCCCCUUUCUCGCGAUUCUUCAUGACGGCGCACAUUUGACACACCACAAUCCAGGCGAUCUGCGCAGCGCAGACAAUCUCAAACACACCUAUUGACUCUAUCUAGAAUUUACCAUCAGUUGCGUUGUCACAGUCAGUUUGGAUUCAUCUGAUCAACCCCUUUCCAGUGUUAUUGGACACGUAAACAGACAAAAAGAAGCUCCAGUUAUUCUUUUUUCCUAUAUGUAUGCUUUGCAGCAGUGGCAUAAUAUUCAUUAAACUAAUAUUUCAUUUUUUAUUGUUUUGUUUUUCUUCUGUACAGAUUGACAGUGAUGUCAUCGCUUUGAUGGAUGAUGCAGCUCUGGAAAAAUACAUCCCUUCCUAUGGAGAUCGUAUUGCGCUUUUCCAUUUCUGCAAAAGUAAACCGUCCCUCUCAAAAAGAAAAUCGGGACUUUUUCAAAAACUUCGUGACAAAAUGAAAAUUAGAGAAGAUAAUUCCAAGGAAAAUUUCUCAAGUGUUGGCCCAAGACCAACACAAACAAAGAAACAGAAAACAACUCGAAAUGUGGAAAUAGGCUGGAUACACUGUGAUGCCAGAAAAAUUAAAAUGGCAACAGAGGCAGGAUUAAAACACAUUCUUCAAGAAGGAAAAAGCCUCUUUUUUCCCGAUGGAAUCUCUCCUAAAGGAUCAGAGUCUGAUUUUGAGUUUGAGGUUUGGGACUUCAAACAGAAUUGUCUUAAUGAUGAGACUUUCCUGUCUAUUGGAAAUAUGUACGAGGCAGCAAGGCUAACAAUGUUACGUUCUUACAUCUCUACAAAGGCCAAAGCUGCCCAUCAAGUCAGAGAACCCCCCGAAGUAAAUAUUACCGAAGCACACGGUGAUGAUGAAGUCCAUCAAGCAGAUGAUGGAGAGUCUGGGGUUGAGCUGGGUGUCCAUCCUGCUCUGGACAUUUCUGUUGACUAUGAGAUCACAUUUGGUCCUGUCUACAAUGAGGAGGAAGAUCAAAAUGACACACUAAUCUAUGAGGAUUUUCUUUUUCCUCAAAGCCCAGCUAGUCCACGAGAUUUAGUAACAGUCACAAUACAUCACGGCAACACCUUGCAUGAUUUGAUUGCUGGUUUCUCUGAUGCUGACAUUUUAAACAAAGAACUGUUUGUGAAACGCAUUCUCCCAGACAACACAGAAGAAGCAGGAAGUGGAUCUGGAGUACUUAGAGAUGCUUUGAGUUGCUUUUGGCAUGAGUUUUACGAACGUUGCACUUUAGGUACAACCGUUAAAGUGCCGUUCAUUCGACAUGAUUUUACUGCUGAAACAUGGAAAGCAGUUGCCAGAAUUCUUUUGAAAGGUUACCUUGAUUGUCAGUAUUUCCCCAACAAACUUGCUCUUCCUUUCAUUGAACAAGUGCUUUUUGAUGGGGUUUACACAGAUCUUAAAUCUCAUUUUCUGCAGUUUGUGAGCAAUCAAGAACGUGAAGUUUUGAUGCAAGCAAUAAAUGACAUCUCUGCAGUUGAGUGGGAUGACCUUGUGGAAGUUCUGGACAGCUAUGGUUGCAGAAGACGAAUCACAGCUGAGACUUUUCCAACAAUACUAAAUGAGAUAGCACACAAAGAGCUUGUCCAAAAGCCAAUGUUUGUUAUUGACUGCUGGAGGGAGAUAACUCUCAAACACCUCUCUCUCACACCAGAGGCACUGACCAAGUUGUUCUAUGAUCUACAACCCAACUCCAAAAAGGUGUGUCACCUUCUGAAAUUUCCUGUUGAUCUGACUCAGAAGCAAAAAGAAGCAGCAAGUUAUUUAAAACGAUUCAUCAGAGAGCUUGAUGAAAUCAAACUUCAGAAAUUUUUGCGUUUCUGUACUGGAUCUGACCUUGUAAUAACAGAUAGCAUCUUUGUAGAGUUCCAAGAAAUGACAGAGUUCACAAGAAGGCCAAUAGGGCACACAUGUGGAAAGAUACUCCACAUAGCUGACAGCUAUGAGAACUUUCCAGACUUUCGCUCAGAGUUCAACUCAGUUCUCGAAAGCAAUAUCUGGGUGAUGGACAUUGUUUAAAGACCUACCGGUUAUCAUUAUCCCAGGUAACUAAAGUGUUGCCUUGAUUUCAGCACACAUUUGCCAGAUCAAACUUUUUCAGAUCACAUGACACAAAUCUUCAAAGUAACAUGUUUUGCUGAUGUUAAUCUUUGUAGGUGCCAAAACUAUUGUGGAGAUGGUGGAUGUUUACAGUUUGGUUGGUGGGCGUGUCACUUGAGGUGACGGCGGUGAUUAGCUAAUAAGUUCACCUGUUAGCUACUGUGAGUACGCCAGCUGGAGCGGGUGAGCUUUGUUUGGACAAUUUUUGUUGACCGCUAAACCGCUGCUAAUCUAAUCAAAUGGAGUCAGAACAUGUAAAAAUAAACUUAAUUUAAAACUUACGUGAUUGGUGCGCGUCAUCAAUAGAACAAAACAGUUUGCUCGCAGCGGAAUAUGUCUAUAAUUUAAGAUAUAGCAUUGUCACACUCCAGUCCAGAGUGUGACCAGCAGGUCCAAGGCAAAGGCAACAGACAUACACUUUGUGUCUAUGAAAAAUACUUUUGUGUUUAUUUGACAGCAGGCAACAGCCUCACUGAAGCCAACAUUAGACACACCACCUCUCCGCAAACACAGUGAACAUGGCAAUUUAUAAUACAUGGCCCCUCCCCUGGACCAGGUUGUUCCACUUUGGGCUUAAUGACUGACUUUUGGUCAGGCACUACAAAAGCCUGCCAAAAGCAGAGCUCGGGUCCUUUGACCAGGAAAUACAACUGAAAGGUAAGCAAACAUAAGUCAGCAACAGA